AUGUAUCCGCCAUUUGAUUACUUCGAGCAUCGCCGAGCCUGCGUCAUAAAGCAGCGCCAGCGUGACGCUCGGUUCGACUCGCUCCCCGAUCCCUACAAGGGCCCGCUCACGGCGCAGCAGCGGUCCAUCCUCAACGCCCCGAUCGCCCAGCUGGUCCGCGACGUGCACGAUGGCACCCUCUCGCCCAUCGACAUCCUCCGCACCUACGGCAAGACUACGACGGUCGCGCACCAGCGCACCAACUGUGUCACCGAGGUCCUCCUGCCCGAGGCCGAGUCGUGGGCGCGCAAUGAACAGCAGGAUGUGAAUCUCAAAGGCCCCCUCGCCGGCAUCCCCGUGUCCCUCAAGGACUCGAUCGCCGUCGGCGGCUUCGACGUCAGUGUGGGCUACUCCCGCAAUGUCUUCAAACCCUACAGCGAGGACGGCGUCAUGGUCAAGCUUCUGAAAAGAGCCGGAGCGAUACCCCACGCCAAAACCGCCCUGCCUAUCACGCUGCUGAGCUUCGAGAGCACCAACGACCUGUGGGGCGUGUGCAAGAACCCGCACAACCCCAAUUACUCGCCUGGUGGCAGUACCGGCGGCGAAGGUGCUCUUUUGGCAUUGAACGGAUCCAGGAUUGGUAUUGGUUCCGACGUCGCGGGCUCGGUGCGUGCCCCGGCGGCGUGGUCGGGCAUCAAUUCUCUACGCUGUUCGACGGGCAGAUGGCCCAAGGUCGGGAUGAAUACCUCCAUGCCGGGCCAGGAAGGGGUGCCCAGUGUCUUCUCUCCCAUGGCCAGGACACUGGACGAUUUGACCUACUUCACGCGGGCAUUCAUCGGCAUGAAUCCCUGGGAAGUGGACUACACGGUGCACCCCAUCCCGUGGCGACAAGAGGUCUACGACGAGGUGCUGGAAAAGAAACCGCUGCGCAUUGGCCUGAUGACCACCGAUGGCGUUUGCGCUCCCGCCCCAGCGAUUGCUCGCGGGCUGAACAUGACCGCCUCGGCGCUCCGCUCCGCUGGCCACCAAGUGGUUGAAAUCCCAGUCUCCUCAUACCCCCCGACUGCGACCCCCGCUAUCGGUCUACAGAUCGCCAGCGUGCUCCUCUGCGCCGACGGUGGCAAGACCUUCCGAUCGUUCUUUCGGACGGGCGAGUCUAACGACCCGGGUGCGGCGCAGAUCAAUUUCUACAUGUCCCUGCCUCGACCUCUUAAAUACCUGUGGUACCUCUUCACGCGCUAUGUCCGGCGUGACUCGGUGUGGGCGUCCAUUCUCCGCUACUUCCACCCCCUGAGCGCUUUCGAGCAGUGGCAGUGGGUUGCCAAGCGCGAAGCUUACAGGGCGACGUGGUUCGACUGGCUCAAUCAACCCGCGCAGCAGUUUGAUUUCAUCCUGUGUCCCGGAAACGCCACCCCGGCCCUGCCGCACGGGUGCAUGAAGGAGGCGGUGAGCAGCUGUGGGUACACGUUUUUGUGGAAUCUUUUGGACUACACCGCGGGUAUCAUUCCCGUGGCAAAGGUGGACAAAGAAAAGGAUGCUCUGCCCAAAGGAUUCAGGCCAGCGAAUGGGGUUGAGAAGGGCGCGUACAAGUACUACGACAGUGUGAAGAUGGCGGGUCUCCCAAUAGCGGUGCAAAUCGUCGGACGGAGACUGACGGAGGAGAAGGUCCUGGGGUAUAUGCAAGUUGUGACGGAUGCGUUGAAGGAAAGCGGUACCGUGUACGAGCAUUUGGACGUCGACAAUCUGCCCGAGAUUGACGAGCUGGAGCAAGGAAGCAGGAAGAAGAUCCCUGUCGACCCCAAGAAGAUCUGGUAA